AUGAAGAGAAACCUAAAUGAAAAUUCAACUCGAAGUACAGCAGGCUGUUUGCCUGUACCAUUGUUCAAUCAGAAAAAGAGGAAUAGACAGCCAUUAACAUCCAAUCCACUUAAAAAUGAUCCAGGUAUCAGUAUUGCUUCUGACAGUUAUGAUUUCCCUCCUCUACCAACAGAUUGGGCCUGGGAAGCUAUGAAUCCAGAGUUGCCUCCUUUAACGAAAACAAUGAACACAGGGCAAAUAUAUUCAGUUUCUCAUCCCCUGAGAAGUCAAGAGUUUGUGUUGAAAUCUAUUCAAUCAAAUACUGAAAGAAGUAAGAGUGGUGGGAGCUACAAAGAUGGCAACACAAAUACCAGUUUUAAAACUUGGGAUAGAAAUGAUUUUAAGCCUCAGUGCAAAAGAACAAAUAAAAUGGCAGAUAAUGGAAUAAAUUCUUAUCCAGUGAAUUUGGGAGCUCAACAACAGAAGCAAUUAAGAGUAUCUGAAUCAACUAACUUAUCUCACCAAAGAGAAAGUAAAGUACUCACACAAACACAUUCAUCAAAAAUAUCUGGCUCCACAAUGAGAAGUCUAGACAAAAACAGUGCAUUACAGGCAUUUAAGCCCAAUUUUCAACAAAAUCAAUCUAAGAAAACAAUGUUGGAUGAUUUUCCAGCAGAAAACACCCUGAAGGAAACUUCAUUGUAUCAGUUAAAGUUUAAAGAAAAAGAUAAUUCUUUAAGAAUUAUAUCUGCAGUUAUUGAAAGCAUGAAGUACUGGCGUGAGCAUGCACAGAAAACCGUACUUCUUUUUGAAAUAUUAGCUGUUCUCGAUUCAGCUGUUACACCUGGCCCAUAUUGUUCAAAGACUUUUCUUAUGAGAGAUGGGAAGAAUAUUCUGCCUUGUGUAUUUUAUGAAAUAGAUCGUGAACUUCCAAGACUGAUUAGAGACCGAGUUCAUAGGUGUGUUGGAAACUAUGACCAGAAAAAGAAUAUUUUCAAAUGUGUUUCUGUCAGACCGGCAUCUGUUUCUGAACAAAAAACUUUUCAAGCCUUUGUUAAAACUGUAGAUGCUGAGAUGAGGUAUUAUACUAAUGUAAUGAAUGAAAUUUAA